AUGCCCAUGCCCGAUGACCUGUGGGAGGCGCUCUCCCAAGACAUUCCCACCACGUCGGAUCCCUUCGUGAAGCAGUAUCUGGCGGGCCGCGAGAGCCUCAUCGGCAAGGAAAAGGAGACGAGAUCAGAUGCGUCCUUUCGCAAGUCCCUGUCGCCCAUCGCCAGACGCGCCUGCGCCAUCGUCGACCGCAUCCGUGCCCAUGAACAGGCCACCGUCUGGACGCCCAGCGUCGAGGAGCAGCUGGCCCAGGAGACCAAGCAGAGCAUCUUCCCGGGCAUGAUGUUCAUGAUGGCCAAGGACCGCAUGGAGAAGACCAACCUGUGGAGGAUUGUGCGCCGCAUGCCCAAGGGGUCUCUGCUGCAUGCCCACAUGGACGCCAUGGUGGACUUUGACUUUAUCCUCGGCGAGCUUCUCAAGACCCCCGGCAUGCACAUGUCCAGCGACGUGCCUCUCACAACGGAUGAGUCCAGGGAGAGUUCGGUUGUGCGUUUUAGAUUCAGGACCAAAGAAAGGGUAGACGGGUCGAUAUGGGACGAGAGCUACGAGCCGGGCUCGUUUUUGCUGCUCACCAAGGUGGCUGACGAGUUUCCCCAAGGCGGGCGGCCGGGGUUCUUGAAGUGGCUCAAGAGCCGGUGUACGCUCUCACUUAUCGACAGCCACGAGCAGCACCACGGCAUCGACGCCAUCUGGGAAAAGUUUGCCAAGUGCUUCGUCGUUGUCGCGACCAUGAUACACUACGAGCCCAUGUUCCGCGCCUUUUUGCGGCGCUUGAUGGGGCUUCUCAAGGCCGACGGGGUCAACUGGGCCGAGCUUCGGUAUGAAAUGCCGAUUUCUUCGCGUUUUCAAGAUCAGUUCAAGACUUACACUGCGUACAGAUUCACAUGGCCACUCGACUAUUGCCGUGACCGUAGAGAGGAGCCAGAGACGGACUACAGCCACGUGUGCAAGGUCAUCCAAGAGGAAGUCGCCAAGUUCAAGGCUUCCGAGGAAGGCAAGGGAUUCUGGGGCCUCACUCUCAUCUGGACGACCCUCCGGAGCUUUGAGACUCGGCGUAUAGUGGAGAACAUGGAUCACUGCAUCACGACCAAGAUGGAGUUCCCCAACCUCAUAGCAGGAUACGACCUCGUCGGACCCGAGGAUCUGGGCAAGCCGCUGGUAAAUCUACUGCCCGAACUCUUCUGGUUCCGAAAGCAGUGUGCGCAGGAGGGCGUCAACCUGCCGUUUUACUUUCACGCAGGCGAAACGCUCGGUGAUGGCUCCAGCACAGACAACAACCUAUUUGAUGCCAUAUUGUUGGGCACUCGCCGCAUAGGUCACGGAUUCAGUCUAUAUAAACACCCCCUUCUCAUUGACAUGGUCAAGGACAAGCGGAUCCUCAUCGAAUCGUGCCCCAUCUCCAACGAAGUGCUCCGGCUGUGUGGAUCGGUUACCGCCCACCCACUGCCGGCCCUCCUCGCCCGCGGCGUCCCGUGCAGCCUCUGCAACGAUGACCCGGCCAUGCUGGGCCAAAACACGGCGGGCAUGUCCCACGACUUUUGGCAAACUCUUCAGGGAUGGGAUAACUUGGGCUUGGCUGGGCUUGGCAGCCUGGCGGAAAACAGCGUCCGGUGGUCAACGUUUGAGGACCAAGACCAGGAGCAGUGGGUCAAGGGCAUUCAAGAGGCCAGCCUCGGAAGCGGUGUAAAAGCGGAUAGGCUCAAGCAGUGGAGGGUGGACUGGGAGGCUUUCUGUUUGUGGAUUGUGGAUGAGUUUGGCGAUGAGUUUGGCCCUGAGACGGAGGCGUAG